AUGGCCUCCCCCCGCGAGAAGAACAACACCAAGUACGCCUCUGAGGACGAGACUUCGGAAGCACCCAGCGAGCAGCAGAAGCCCCAGCGCCGUCAGCGCCCGCAACGCAGGCAGAUGCAAAGACGCCAGCAGCAGCAGCAGUCAAGCGGCCCUCUCGAUAACCUCGGUGGCAUUGGCGAUGUCGGCGGCGUGACCAACGGCGUGCAGAACACACUAGGCAACGUUGCUGGUGGUGCGCUGCAACAGCAAGGCGGCGGCGGUGGUGACAAGAGCGACACUCUUCGGUUGCGUCUUGAUCUCAACCUUGACAUUGAAAUCACGCUGAAGGCACGCAUCCACGGUGACCUCGAGUUGGCUCUCUUGAACUGA